CUCAACGACCUUUACGAGAUUGGCAACCAAAUAAGUUCAGGAAAUUUCGCAACAGUAAGGUUGUGUAGAAAUAAAAACACGAAUGUUUAUUCGGCGGUAAAAAGAAUAGAUAUGCAAGAAAAUUCAGACGAUAUGAUAAAAGUGAAAAAAGAGGUUGAAAUUUUGAAAAAGAUGAACCAUGCAAACAUCAUCAAAUUAGUAGAAGAGUUUGAGAUGAAUGGAUAUUUCUACCUUGUCAUGGAAUUAAUAACCGAUGGAGAUAUCAUCAGUACGAUAAUGAAUUCAAAGUACUAUUCAGAACAGGAUGUCAGCGGUAUGGUACACAACGUCAUGUCAGGCAUCCUAUAUUUGCAUUCUAUCAACAUAGUACAUAGAGAUAUUAAAAUGGAAAAUGUUCUUGUGCAAAAAAAUAGAAACGGUCUUAAAAAGCUGAAAAUUUGUGAUUUUGGCCUAGCAACGAUAAUAGCAAACAACGAAAUCCUCAAAACCGUUUGCGGCACACCAAACUACAUGGCUCCUGAAAUCAUACUCCAGGUGGGAUACGGAAACAAGGUGGACGUUUGGUCCGUAGGCAUCUUCAUGUACAUCCUCCUCUAUGGAUCGCCUCCAUUUCAUUCACGAAGCAACGACUUCAAUAAAAUUUUUGAAAACGUGAUCGUUGGGAAGUACGACUUGAAUAGCACUACAUGGGAAAGCGUUUCUGAAGAAGCCAAAACAUUGAUCACCAUGCUACUGGAACCGAAUCCAACAAAUCGCAUGACCGCGGAAGAAGCCCUCAGUUAUCCCUGGGUCUCCAAAGAUCAGUUUGCCAGAAAUAUAAACUUGAGGCCCACAAUAGGAAACAAAUUACAGAAAUAUUACCGGAAUUCUGCGUACGUCAUGAAGAAAGGAAACAACGUACUAGCCAAUACAGCCUUAGACAAGGAAUCAAAUUACUUUGAAAAAGCACAAAAUGAA